GAAGUUGUGAGGAAAGGAGCGCCAAGUAGCAAAUAAGAGGACGCGAACAUUCGCGAAAAGAGGGGGAGAAUCAUGGUCGUUCGACGCCAAAUGAAAAGAAAAGUUAAAUGCAAUAGGAAUUCUUGUCAGGUUAUAAGCUAGGAAAGGGGUGGGGGACGUAGUCGGUAGGAUAAAACGUUUCUACAGAGUCGAGCGUGUGUAGUCUGUCGAGGCUAAGUGCAACAGAACGAGAUAAAGAUGAAGUAUUCCAUGAUAAUAGGAAUUCUUGUCUGCGGUAUCCAUAUUAUCACCGGUACAGAUACUCGUACAAAAUUUGAGGAAGCACAAAUCGUACCCGAUAUACUAGACACGGCACCAACAGAGAAGAUCGAGGUCAAGUACGGAGACAAAGCGAUCGAUUUUGGAAAUGAGUUAACUCCCACGGAGACGCAAACGAUUCCAGAGAUUCAUUACAAGCACGAAGGGGGAGUACUUUACACGCUUGUAAUGACAGAUCCUGACGUACCGACUAGGAAGGGAUACAAUCGAGAAUUUCGACAUUGGUUGGUCGGAAAUAUUCCAGAAGAAAAUGUCGCGAAAGGAGAGGUACUAGCGGAAUAUGUUGGUCCAGCGCCGCCAAAAGGUAGCGGUAAACAUCGAUAUGUCUUUCUCGUUUACAAGCAGAAUCAAGGAUCCAUUACAUUCGACGAGAGAAGGCUGAGCAACAGGGAUGGUCCUCAACGAAGGCGAUUCAACAUAAAGAAGUUCGCAGAGAAAUACAACUUGGAAGGACCAAUAGCAGGGAACUUUAUGAGGGUGGAGUACGACGAUAACGUGCCGACAUACGCGAAACUUUUAGGAUUAUAAGACAGAGGAUUUUGAGUCGUGCACCCGGCUUACGAAGGAUAUUCUUUUCAUUGAUAUUUAUAGGUGAUGGUACGAAACAAUUAAUUGCCUGUACAAAUACGACUGCCGACCAACCGAGGUACGAUAUACUCGAUUUACAAUGAGCGAAAUAAGAUAAUAAACGUUUGAAGAAGAUAAUAGAUACGA